GUAGUCUGCACUGAUUUGAUUCCUUUGGCAUGUAUGUGGUGUUUUCACACGUAGCUGUGGUCACGUGCUGGUUGUUUAAUGUUUUUUGUUUUACAUGUUACCCACGCUUAACUUAUUGUGUUUUGAUGCGAGUUUUUGGUUUAAAUUACUUAUAAACCACGAUGGCAACUCUAAACUCUUUGGAAUCACUGCCAUCAUUGCCCACGAAUCUGAAAGACAUCCAAAAGUAUUUGGACAUAGCUAAGGAGUACGAGGCCGUUGAUUUGACUGUGACCUAUUGGUGUCAAUUCUAUGCCCUCCUGAAAGGUUACACCUUGUACGAAGGAUAUGAAGACCUGAGAUUUUUGCAUCAGCUAGAUGAAAGGCUUUUAAAACAUAAGCAAGAAUUCAAUCCUUUGAAGGCAAUCAUUGAUCAUGUCUCUGCUCGAGAUCAUGUUCAAAACGUGGCUCUACAGCAUUUUAGCUGGGCAGAUAUGGGGUUCAAGUUUUUCGCUACCAAACAUUCUGUCAGUCUUAUAAUUGAAACACUUGAGUCUACUGAAACUCUACUGGAUGUUUGUUCUUCAUUCUGGGGGACAAAUGAAGAGUUAGCUGAAAAGAAGAAUUUGGCCAAGUUGAAUGGGGCUGUCUUGAAAACCAGAUUAUCAAAAGUAACAGCUGAAAUUAACCAACAAAACAGUGUCGAUUCGUCUUGUGUCAUCGGGGAAGUGACAAUUUCAUCGCCUUAUGAAAGUCUGUCGCUAACGAACACACUGAAGGACAUAGAUCGAGUAGGCACAGUAAAUCCCGAAGGAGUCAAGCGAUAUGAUCGACAAUUCCUACUAGAACUUCGAUAUUAUCCUGCAUCCCUUAAGAAGCCGCAACAGUUGCCCGAAACGUUUUGCGUCCACUGUCCAGACGAUCAACGAAAUAAAAAUGAACAGAUAAUUUCGGCCUAUCCGAUAUCCUUCGAAGAUAUUUUGAAAGGAUUAACGUGGGCUAACAUUCAACAAAGAAAAGAACAAGUUAAAGCGUUAACUAUUGAUACUGAAGAAAGGUUAAUAGAAAUGUCCCAGCUAAUUUGUAAAAAGGUUCUGGUUGAAAAGGCUUUUUACCUGCCGUUAUUAGCAAAAAUUUGUUCUGCCUUGUCGCAUAGAAAAGUUGCAUCUGCUUUAAACCCAGCUAAAACAACAAAUUUCCGUGCGCUGCUGAUUUAUCAGUGCCAGAAACAUUUUGAUCGGGAAAGACACUCCCCGGUCGAUGUUGUCGAAAAAAAGAAAGAAAUUGAGAACGCCGAAACGAAGCAAGUGUGGAAUAAGUCAACAAUAAUCACAAGGUUUAUCGGUGAAUUAUUUAAGUACCGCGUUGUUUCAAGCAACUUUUUGAAUAGUUGUAUGUGUCGGCUAUUGACUCGAGCUGAAAUCGAAGAUGAAGAGUCGCUGGAUUGUCUUUGCAUAUUAUUGUCUACGGUCGGCAAGGCAGUAGAGUAUCGGGUGGAAAUGAAAGAGUUCCCUGCUAUCUCGAACCUGGAAAAUUUGAAUAUCGCAUUCAAUUUUUUGGAAUCCGUUGUUACCAAAAGCGGAAUAUCAGACUAUCUUCGUUCCCGAAUUGAACACGUUAUUGAUGUACGCAAUCACGACUGGAUCUUUAAGAAGCAAAAUCUAAAAUGCUUGGAUUCUUUGAGGCGAGAAACGUCUAACGAGGAGUUCCAACCAACGACCGAGAGCUAUCCUGGUGCAACUCAAGAUUUCCAGUUCAAAUCCUACCCGAUCCGGGAACAGAAUAUCUGCGACUCACCUAGACAGCAACAAAAUGUGGAUGAAUCCCUGGAAGACGGUGACAAUGUUGAAAAAGACGAACCGAUGACGCUUGCAGCCUCAGAAAGUGCUUUCUUCCCGCUCCAGGAUGAUCAUCUCGAACAAGAUUCGCAUCCCUCACAGACAUCUGAUAUCCCUGUUUGUUCAUCUAGUCAGCAAUCCCAUGAAAACUCCGCUGCUGAUCCCGUACUUGAAAGUCUUGAAUCGCCACAGUUAACUCGAGAAAUCUAUCAAGAUGUACCAUUGGGCAAAUUUACUCUAACGAACGACGAAAUUGCACUAAAAUCACUCGUCCUCCUAUGUACAUUUUUCACCAAUGAUAAAAACAUCGAGGAUGCAGUUCUUGGCGUGAAGGAAUGGUUGCAUCCAUCAAUCGUAGCCAGAUUUAUUAACCAGUGCUUGCUUCUCGUUAAUGAACUUGGAAGAGAAGAACGUAGGGCGACUAGCACUUUGUUCAAGGAAAUGGUUAAGAGAAACCUUUUUAACACAUCGGACCUUAAAGAAGGAUUUACAGAACUCCUCCAAGGGGCUGAAGAUUGGAUGGUGAUUUUCCCCAAGUUACUAUGGGAAUCAGCGGUUGAACUGGUCGAGCCUCUGUUUGAAGAAGGCGUGAUCAAUUUGAAAUUUCUUCCACAGUUGUCGUCGGUACUGAAUUCGCCCUUGGCUGCCGAUUUUGUAGCUGCGGUCCUGAAGGAAUUAGUACUUGUCCAGGGUGUUGCCGAAGCUGAAAGAUUGUUUAUCUUUUCGAACGCAUCCCUUAUCAGUGUUCUGCCACAUGAUGUUGAUCUGAUCGCAUUCCGCAAUCAUCACAAGGAACUGGAAUUUCUUUCCAAAUUUGAUUCUUUACCAAAGGAUAGUGGCUUUGCACGCAUGCCUAACAGUAACCCAGUUCCUACCUGCCAAGUUAACAUCGACUUCCAGUGUAGCCUGGAAAAGUUCUUGAGAGAUGCUAAUCAAUUGACUGAUAAUGAAGUCUACACAUGGAUCCAGAAACACAAUUUUGAGGUGAAUUGCGAUUUUAUCCGUACCUUGACCAACGCACUCUUUAAAUGUUCCAUGGAAGAACAUGACUCGGAAAUGAACUACAUUACUUUCGAACGCUGGACCAACUUGCUAAGACACUAUGUUUGCAACAGCACUGACUACGAACUGGAAGUCCUUUUUACAAUUCAAAAAUGUUCCAACAAACAACAAAAUUUCAAUUGCAUUAUUCUGAUUCUUCUCCAUAGUGGCGUCGUCUCCCCUUCGUCUUGGGAAUUAUGGCGCUCCAUGGAUAUGUUGUUUGCAGCAACAUGUGAGUAAAGCUUUGCGCGCAUCAUCUAUAACAUUCUUCGCGUUUUUCUGACCCAUUUUUCUUAAACGUCAAAGAACCAAACAAAUUAUUUGUUCACGGCCCUUCGCAAAUUAUCCCUUUCCAGUAGCGCAUUUGUAAAAUUCCGUUGUUCAUACUUGUCUAAGAUCGCAACUAAAUUUAUUUUGUUUCA